GCUUUGAUCUCGUUGCCAUAGCUGUCAGAAGCUCAGCGCAAACCGCAGCCUGUCUGGCGCGAGACUCGUCCAACUCUAGUUAAAAAUGGUUAACUAAUGAAUAAUCAAGACUUACUGCUUGGAUGCCUUACUUCGCUUCGCUUAACUAUUUUAGUUUCGAAAGCAGCGGCUUGCAAUUAUGUUUUCCCACUGAUAUUCAAAUAGCCUACAGCACGUUCUAAACUAAACUCUGUAGCGCGUGGAAUCACUAAAGAUGUCGCAGAGUUCUUAUGGCCGAAUGUGGGAUGCUGCUCAGGGAGCUUUGGAGUACCUUUUGGAGGAUGAAUAUCCCACAAUGCAACUCCAUCCUCAAAAGGACCGCAUGCAGGUUUUUCAGACAUUGGCCACUUUCUAUCUGCGCUACCUGAAGAUAUUCCGUGCCCUGGAGGAGGUUUACGAUCAGCUUGUUCACCCCCAGAAGAGACGGGUUGUGCGCCAGGUUCUUGAAGGGGUGAUGGGACGACUUGUAGAGCUGAAGAAUGAGAUGGUGGAGCUGGAGUUCUCAGAGUUUCACUACUUUGAUGACAUAUUGCAGGACUUCAAAAUGACACCUGAGGAUCUUGAGGUGCCUAUCCCACGCUAUUUUGUGAGGGAGAAGAUGAGGGCACUGAAAGAGAGGGAGAAGAUGUUGGCCCAUAUUUUGGCUAAAGGAGGAUGUCAGGAAGAUAAAACUCAGGUGCCAGUUUCGUCCAUGUCUAUAGAGCGGGCAAUUUGGCUGCUACAGGUCAGUGAGCGAGCACGGCAGGGAAGACUGAGAGCUCGCUUCAUGAAGGCGAUUCUGCAGGAUGAACAAAGAAGACUUCAGAGUUCAAGCUCUAGCAUAUUGGACCCUGACCGUGCAGCCACCUGCAUUCAGAAGGUUUGGCGGGGUUACCGAGACAGGAGGAGGGUCAAAAAGGAGUAUCUAGAGGAGAUGAUAUUUUUGGGAAUGAUACCAGCCCAGCAACCAACACCUACCCCUGCCCAAUUGCAUGCCCAUCAGCUGGAAAGUAGGAGGCAUGGGAUGCAGGAGGAGCAUGAGGCUGAGUACCAGAGGGCACUUGUCAACAUCAAAGAGUCAGUGCAAUGUGUGGAUGGCCCAGAUAUUAAAGAAAGCCUGCAAGAACAAAUAAGGCAGUGGUUUAUUGAGUGUCGAGAUGCCACUGGGAAGUUCCCUGACUUUCCAAGCCCUGAAGAUGGAGGAUCUGCUUCCAUAUUUGCCCAGAAGACUCCAGAGCAGGUUGCUGCUGAAUUUGCUGCUAAGGAAGAAGAGAGGAAGAAGAAGAAAAAAUCGAAAGAAGAUAAGGACAAAAAGGGGAAUGACCGCAAAAAAAAGAAAGAGAAAAAAGGGAAGAUGAAAGGAAAAAAGGGGAAAGGAGAUACAGAGGAAGAAGAGAAGGGAUGGAAGAUGACUCCCAGUAAUUUCCUUCCUACUGUAGUCGAGGGUGCCAAACUGUACAAAGACGUUUGGCAUUGCCGAGAUGAAAAACAGAACUUCAUUCAAAGUUUCGAUGCUCAGUUGGUGCGAGAGGAGAAGAGAUUGGAAGUUGAAGAGGAGCUCAGAGUUCAGGUGGACGAGCUGAUGAGGCAGGAACUGAAGAAACCUUAA